GCGAAGGUGUUUGCGUCGUGGGACGCAGCUGUCUGUGGCCUAGGGGUGGAAGGGCGGCGGGUCUGCGGAGACAUGGCGGCGGCCUCUGCGGUGUCGGCGCUGCUGGUAGCUGCGGAGAGGGCACGGUGGCAGCGUCUCCCGAGCCUGCUGCUUCCGCCGAGGAGAUGGACUUGGAAGCAAAGAAGCACGAAGUAUGCGACAGCCACAGGAAGAAACAUUACCAAGGUUCUUAUUGCCAACAGAGGCGAGAUUGCCUGCAGAGUGAUGCGAACAGCCAGAAAAAUGGGUAUACAGUCAGUGGCUGUUUACAGUGAAGCUGACAGGAAAUCAAUGCAUGUAGAUAUGGCAGAUGAAGCCUAUUGCAUCGGCCCUGCUCCCUCACAGCAGAGCUACCUUUCUAUGGAGAAGAUCAUUCAGGUGGCCAAGAUCUCUGCUGCCCAGGCUAUCCACCCAGGUUACGGUUUUCUUUCAGAAAACGCAGAGUUUGCUGAACUGUGUAAGCAAGAGGGAAUUAUUUUUGUAGGCCCUCCUUCAUCUGCAAUUAGAGACAUGGGAGUAAAGAGCAUGUCCAAAUCCAUAAUGGCAGCUGCUGGAGUACCUGUGAUAGAAGGUUAUCACGGUGAGGACCAGUCUGACCAGUGCCUGAAAGGCCACGCUGGGAGGAUCGGUUAUCCUGUCAUGGUCAAAGCCGUCCGUGGUGGAGGAGGAAAAGGCAUGAAGAUCGUUAGAUCAGAAAAAGAAUUCCAAGAACAGUUAGAGAGUGCGCGGAGAGAAGCUAAGAAGUCUUUCAGUGAUGAUGCUGUGCUGAUCGAGAAGUUUGUGGACACGCCAAGGCAUGUAGAAGUCCAGGUGUUUGCUGACCACCAUGGCAAUGCUGUGUACUUGUUUGAAAGGGACUGCAGUGUGCAGAGGAGACACCAGAAGAUCAUCGAGGAGGCCCCAGCGCCUGGAAUCAAGCCUGAAGUAAGAAGAAAGCUUGGCGAAGUUGCAGUCAGAGCUGCUAAAGCUGUAAAUUACGUGGGAGCAGGAACUGUGGAGUUUAUUAUGGACUUGAAGCACAAUUUCUACUUCAUGGAGAUGAAUACGAGGCUGCAAGUAGAACACCCUGUUACUGAGAUGAUCACAGGAACUGACUUGGUGGAGUGGCAGUUUAGAAUUGCAGCAGGAGAGAAGAUUCCCUUGCGCCAGGAAGAAAUCACUCAGCAGGGCCAUGCCUUUGAAGCUAGAAUAUAUGCAGAAGAUCCCAACAAUAACUUCAUGCCAGGGGAUGGUUCAUUAGUUCAUCUCUCUACCCCUCCAGCAGACCUUUCCACGAGAAUUGAGACUGGAGUACGACAAGGAGAUGUGGUCUCGGUGUGUUAUGACGCCAUGAUUGCAAAGCUGGUCGUCUGGGCUGCUGACCGCCAGGCGGCCUUGACGAAACUGAGGUACAGCCUCCGGCAGUACAACAUCGUCGGACUGCACACCAACAUUGACUUCCUACUCAGCCUGUCUGGUCAUCCGGACUUUGCAGCCGGGAACGUGCACACCAACUUCAUCCCUCAACACCACGCAGAGCUGUUUCCCAUGCGGAGGGCCACAGCCAAGGAGCUCUUGUGCCAAGCAGCCCUGGGCCUCAUCCUCAAGGAGAGGGCUGUGACCGAUGCUUUCAGACUUCAGUCACAAGAUCGAUUCUCUCCAUUUGCAUCUAGCAGUGGAAGAAGACUGAAUAUCUGUUACACCAGAAACAUGACUCUUAGGGAUGGUGGAAACGGAAUGUACCGUUUUGGCAAAGAGAAGUGUGUCUGUUGGGAAGAUGGAGACUGUGGGUUCAGAUCCUGACUCUCCUCUGCUCUGUGACUCUUGGGCAAGUCACUCUCCUCUCUAAGCACCGAGUGUCCUUGACAGUAAUGGGGGUGGUAUGGUAAUUACUGCCUGGGGUUAUUGUAGGUAUUAAAUGAGACAACACGUAGAAAACAUUUAGCUCACGAUGUAAAGUAGUUAGCAGUCAAUAAAUGUUAGCUAUCAUCAUCAUUAUUAUUAAACUCUACCCCCUUAUAGUGGAUCUGUAUGUCACAUGUUAAUUUUAAAAAAUUGGCUGCAGAACAAUAUGUAUAACAUAAUCCUAUUUUUAUAAAAGAAAAAUAGUUGCUUCAGUGUGCAUUUAAAAGGAUCUGAAUAAGGGUAAGAACUCCGAAAACAACAGAAAGACAAACAGCCCAAUCAAAAAAUAGCAGAGGACUCGCGUAGGCAUUUCAUCAAAGAAGAAAUACAAAUGGCCAUUAAGCACAUGAAAAGAUGCUCAGCAUCGUUAAUCAUUGGGGACAUGCAAAUCAAAACCACAUUGAGAUGUCAUUUCACGCCUACUAAAACAGCUGUGAUUAAAAGAAAGGAAAACAACAGGUUUUGGCAAGGCUGUGGAGAAAUUGGAACCCUCAUCGUUGCUAGUGGUACAUCCACUGCAGAAAACAGUUUAGCAGUUCCUCAAAAAGCUAGACAUGGAACUACCAUAUAAUCCAGCAAUUCCACUCCUAGGUACAUAACCAAAAGAACUGAAAGCAGGAACGCAAACAGGUACUUGUACACCAGUGUUCAUUUCAGCACUAUUUGCGAUAGCUGAAAGAUGGAAACAGCCUAAAUGUCUAUCAACAGAGGAAUGGAUAAACAAAAGAUGCUACACACAUUCAGUGGAGUAUUACUCAGCCAUAAAGAGAAAUGAAGUCCUGAUACAUGCUACAACACAGAUGAACCUUGAGAACAUGCCAAGUGAAAUAAGUCAGUCAUAAAAGGACAAAUAUUACCCUGUUUAUGUAAAAAAUCUAGAAUAGACAAGUGUAUAGAGACCAAGGUCUAUUAGUGCUUACCAGGGGCAGGCAGGAGGCGGGUAGUCAUUGUGUAGGGGACACAUAGCUUUUAUUGAGGGUGAUGGAAAAACUCAGAAAUACAUAAUGGUGACAGUUGAACAACGUGAUGAGCAUAGUUAAUGUCACUGAAUUGUACAUGUGAGAUAUAUUAAAAUGGCACCUGUUUUAUUACAUACAUAUUCACCACAAUUAAAAAAUAAAAAGGUCAAAAAGGAUUUACACACUAAAGUGCUAGUUGUAGUUACCCCUGAGCAAGAAGGGGGUUUUUCAUUUUUUACUUUAUAUGCUUCAGUGUUUGCCUUUUGUACACAUUUUUAUUUUUGUAAUUUAAAAAAACAUAAAGAAGUCUUCAUUGCAAAACAGGGUUGGGGAGAAUUGUAAUGGUGGUUUACACGGAGAGGUUUAAGAGUUCAGAGGAGGGAGAAUUCACUCUGCUGAGGCAGACUCUUCCUAAGAACAGUGAGCAGGUUGUGAAUGGAAUGGCCGGGAGGAGGGUUCAGUUGGUGUGGGUGGGGACCUGCAGCGUAGCCAAGGAGGAAGAGGAGUAAACGGCAGAGUGAAAGGAGAGCUAGAGCCACAUGUGGAGAAAUUCAUUGGAAUGUUUUCUCAGUUGGUUGGAGCAUAGGAUCAUAGAGGGAGAUGGUGAGAAGUAAGACUGAGAGGUUGGGGCCUUCAGUACCAGGCCAAGUAUUUGGAGUGUGAUGGGGAGGUGGGUCAAGCAUGGUAGAAAGCUUCAGCUGGAGGGGCUGAGAGAGGAAGCAGGAGGGACUGGGAAGACCUCCUCAGGCAGUGGGGCUAAGUCGGGGUAGAGCAGUGGGAAUAGAAAGGAAUCAAUGCAUAGGACAGGCAGUCAAAGGGGAGAACUUGGCAGCUCUUUGGUGACUAUUGGAUGUGAAAGCAAAGGAGAAGGAGGAGGCAAGGAAGUCAGGCUUGAAACUGGAUGACUCGGAGAACUCUGUGCUGGUCAAGGUGCUCCCAGGUCAGGAGGGGAAGCGAUUGGAGGGGAAGGUGAUUUGUUGGACCCACCACGUUUAUUUUAAGGUGCCUGUGGAGCAUCCAGCUGGGAAUGACUCAGAGUUCUGGAGAAGGAAGGUCAGGGUUAUGAACAGAUUUGAGCUGACAUCAUCAAAAUCAUGGCUGAAGUGUCAGGAGUCGAUGAAAUGACUCUGGCCUGUAUCCCACAAAGCUUUUGACUUCCGUCUCCUAGAAUAGUCUUCAAGGGACCCUGGGUGACGCAACCUAUACCAUAUUCACUGGGAGUAACAUGAAUAAUUUCUUAUAUUUGUACAGUCUGUUUCUGUUUAUAUAGCACUUUCACAUUAAUCAUUGUUCUAUUCCUAUAUCCAUUUAAUGACUCAGGAAAUCAAGGCCCAGAGAAUUAAAGACACUAGUCAAGAUCACAGAAGCGAUCAUGCCACAGAUGGCAGAUUGUGUCUUAAGCCGGAACUUCUCUUUAACCAGUUCAUUGCAUUUGAUACUGUAACAAUGCAGUUUUUCUGUUGGAGGAAAAAAUCUAAAAUAUUCUACAAACUUAAAAGUUCUAAAACUCCAUCAUGAAAAAAGAAAAGUUUGAAAUUCAUCCUUACUGGAACAUGCUUGACACAUGCAGCUAAGAGAUGUUGACUUCCCUGUGAACAACUGGUUCAUUUAGGUUGAAAGUGAGACUUUUUGGAAUCUCUGUUAUUGAACCAAUAAAUGUCUUGUAAUUGUUCUUUAAUUUUUCCCCUUUUUUUG